AUGCAGAUCGCUCGUUGGCUCCUUGGAAGAGGCACUGAACACGUUGGCCUCAUACUAGGCAGCGAUGCCAGUGGGAAAACAACGUUUCUUUACAGACUAAAAUUGGGUGAAAGUGUUCAUACGAUUCCGACGAUUGGUUUCAAUGUGGAAACGCUAGAGUAUUCGGAUGGUGACAAAAUUACGCUUUGGGACGUUGGAGGAUGUGACAGAAUCCGACCCCUGAUUCGACACUACAUGCUCAAAGACCGCUUUCUCAUUUUUAUACAGAGUUGCGAUGACUUGGAUCCUGAUAGAAUCUACUACUCGCUUGACUAUCUCCGAAUGGGCCUGUCGAUGAUGACAGACUUUGAAGCCAAGCACAUGUUCAUUUUGUUUAACAAGCAAGAUCUGCUCCCACCAGACGAAAGAGAGAAGGUCAUCAAAGGCCUGAAAAUUCAGAUUGAAGCUGAAAUCGAGCCUUACAAGGACAAGUUGGAUAUUAAAAUCUUGGACUAUCCGGGCCUGAGUGCGUUGAACGGUAUGCAGCUACAUCCAGCCAUGGAUGAGAUCAGGCAGACUCUACAGCCGAAGAGAGCUGCCCAAGAUACAAAGGCUGAAAUAGAGAAGCGAGGAAAGGGUCCAAGUCAAGAUGAGCUUCUCAACCAGAUCAGGAAAGCGAAUGCUGAAAGUGUUGAUGCUGGUACUUUCUGGAAGUCCUUCACGGAUGGAAGUCUUGAGUCAUGGGAUCAUUAUACUCAUCUCAGAGCAGGCUUCUUUGUUAUGCACGAUAGCUUUGCUCAAGGUUUGGGGCUACUGGAAUGCGCCGAUGCAUUUCUGGCUCAUCUGAAUCGAUUGAGGGAGGGUAACCCGGAGCGGUUUCGCAAUACUGCGCAUAAAACAAUGACUAUCUUCUGGCUUCACCAAAUUCAGGUCGCUGCCAUUGAAUACCAAGCGAAAGAGAACCGUGACGAGUUCCCUCCUCGAAAUGAGUAUGCAGACAUCGUCUUUUCAGCGCCACAUCUCAUGAAUUCCGGGUUGUGGAGGUCUUACUACUCCAAAGACUUGCUCUUCACACCCAAGGCUAGAGAGAAUUGGCAUCUUCCUGAUUUGCAGCCGUUGCCGUCAACCGCACAGCCUAAAACUUCUGAGAAGCCGAAACAGCAUCGAGUUACGAGCGACAUUAAUCGACUACCCCGAUUUGCCUUUUCUGUGGUUCAAAAGACAAUAUCCUCCAAUCUUAGACGUGGAGGUGUCGUAAAGCAAGCACUUGAAGCUCUGCAGUCAUCUACAAUGCGGCUCCGCGCUUCUGACUCUUCAGUUCCUCCUUACUCUGAGACACAAGCGUACUUUUGGAUCCAGAUCAUCCACGCUUAUAUCCGCUCUCUCGAGGCAGAGCCCUCUUCUAAGGAUACCUUUAAGGGACAACCGUCAACCCUCACUUUUGACGCAUUCAAAUCCCUAUUUGGUAUCACAGGCGAUGAGUGGCAACAGUACUACUCUAGAUCCAAAUGGGAAAGUAUCCCCGCUCGGAUGAGUUUUGUGAUCCCCGACCAGAAAGCUCUUCCAAACGUUUUCGGUAUGCCUUCCCAAGCAAGAAUGGACCUUGCACGCACCCAGAUGAUCAACGCCAUCAACCAUCGCUCUACAGUCUCCGCGGACCUACCACCGCAAGAAGAUCUAGAUUUCCUAGCAGCGAUACUCAUGGACGAAGCAAAACUCAUCCCAGAGUCUGAACUCAACGUUGUCAGCCACGCAAGCCUGCUACGCUUUCUCUUCAAACGUCUCACCGGACAGACCAAGUCUGCUGCGACGAGCACAAAGAGAGGUGAUGCUUCGCUGGCGUCGUCAACGGCGUUGGAGGUUGCUGAGCGAGUUGGUAUGACGCAGGGUAUGUUCUGGGUGCAGCAGAUUCAGAUUGCGCUGGCUGGAAAGGACGUGAAAGAUUUUGAAGAUUUUGUGAGAGCCAACUCGUAUCUGGCCUUCGAGGAUCUGCCGUUUGUGUAUUAUUCGGCGCAGUUAUGGCAGAGUGUUGAGGCGAGGGAGGCUUAUGUGCCGCCAGACAGACGAGCACUUUCUAGUAUUAUUCCAGGAAGAUUGUAA